GACGUGGUGCGUGGUUGCGUGCUGGCGGCCGUGGUUGCCUGUGUGGCUCCCCGGGGGAGAGCGGCGGUGCUGGCGGUGCAGGAGGCGGUAUAUUGUGAAGACUUUCUCGACAUUGGUUGGAAGUUGAUAUCUGUAGCAGCACGGUUCCUUUACGCUGGAUUUUACACCAUGUGAUAGGAGUUCUCGUCUCCGGGUGCACAGCAGUAUAGCAUUUACUCCCUCCCUACAAGAAUCAUGAAAUUCCGGGACCAGGUGAGCACACUGUCUGACUGGUUCAAGGGCUGGAAUGAGUGUGAGCAAACCGUGGCCCUUCUCUCUCUCCUGAAAAGGAUCUCAAGAACCCAAGCGCGUUUCUUGCAGCUGUGCCUGGAGCACUCUUUAUCAGACUGCACCGAGAUACAUAUGCUCGAGAAUGAAGCCAACAGUGCAGCACUCAUUAGCCAGUGGCAUCAGGAGUCAAAAGAGACUGUGAUCUCGCUCCUCCUCACCCACCUUCCGCUGCUGCAGCCACGGAACACUGAUGCCAAAUGCGAGUACAUGAAACUCCUGCAAAAGGUGCUGGCGUACACCACAGAGAGCAACUCGUACAUAGAGGAAAGUCGUCAGCUGCUGUCCUAUGCGCUGAUCCACCCAGCUACCACACUCGAUGACCGCAACUCUUUAGCUUUGUGGCUUAACCAUCUUGAGGAACGGCUCUCCACAGGCUACAGCCGGCAUGGCAGAGCAGAUGCCCCUCACACACACAUGCGGCAAGGUUCAGACGAGUGGCAGACAACAGCAGAUUCUGGCAUAGGUGAGGCUGUGCAUGGCUGGCAGGACAAGCCACUCCGUGAAAAUGGACUACUGCCCUUCCAUUCCUCCAGCUCUGUGCCAUCUGCCAUCCAGAGUGGGAGCAGUACAGUUCUUUCUUGCCAAAUGCACCCCAGCCCUCUGAAGCGAUCCAUGUCCCUUAUUCCCACUUCCCCGCAGACACCCAGUGACUGGAUUGGGGGUGAUGAUGUGCCCGGGCGGCCAGUCUUCCUCACUCCAGAGCAUGCUCCGCUCUCCCCGCAGAGCAGUGUGGCAUCGUCUGGCAGUGAACAAACAGAGGAGGUUGGCUCUGGACGCAACACUUUUCAUGAAGAUGGGAGUGGCAUGAAAGAUGUGCCCACGUGGCUGAAGAGCUUACGCUUGCACAAAUAUGCAUCGCUCUUCUCUCAGAUGAGCUAUGAAGAGAUGAUGACCCUUACUGAGCAGCACCUUGAGUCACAGAAUGUCACCAAGGGCGCACGGCAUAAAAUAGCGCUCAGCAUACAGAAGCUCCGCGAGAGGCAGAGUGUCCUCAAGUCUCUGGAGAAGGAUAUACUGGAGGGAGGCAACGUACGCAAUGCUUUACAAGAAUUGCAGCAAAUAAUCAUCACACCCAUUAAAUAUUACUGCCCCAACCCGACGGAGGGUGUUGGCAGUGAUCAGCCUCCUACAGACAGGACUGUUCGGGACCCAGCCAGCAAAGCCUCGGAUGAGAAUGAGCCGCCUCCAGGACUUCCUGCUGAUGGGUUUCAACAACAGAAUAGCUCUGCCUGUGAUGUUGAAACAGCCGUGCCACCUAUUGCAGAGGGAGAUAUUCCUGGACAGCUCACCAGGGUGUUGGGGAAAGUAUGCACUCAGCUCCUGGUGUCCAGGCCCGACGAGGAGAAUAUAACAUGUUACCUGCAGCUUCUGGAGAAGUGCCUGACACAUGAGGCUUUCACGGAGACUCAGAAGAAGAGGUUGCUUUCCUGGAAACAGCAAGUGUUAAAAUUGUUCCGGACAUUUCCCCGCAAGGCGCUGCUGGAAAUGCAGGGGUACAGACAACAGAAGGGGUGCAGCUGGGCCUUUGCUUCAAACUCCCUCCCCAUAGCUGGAUCUGUGGGGACCUCCUUGGCACGGAGAGGCCAGCGACCAUUUCAAUUGCCCCCCCGAGCUGUUCCAUCCCCUCGGAUUGGUGUAAUGAGUCCUGGGUCCAUUGGUGGCGUCUCUCCCCGGCAUACACUUACCAGUCCUAGUUCUGGCAGCCAGGGUCGUCAGCAGAGUCUCUGGUUUGCUAAUCCUGGGGGCAGUAACAGCAUGCCUUGUCAGAGUCAUAGCUCUGUGCAGCGCACACACUCCCUGCCUCUGCAUAGCUCACCGCACAGCAUUCUCAAGUUCCCUCCUGAUUGCCAGGGCCCGGGGGCUGAUCUUGAGAUUAAUCCGCGGCUGGAGUCAUUGUGCCUCAGUAUGACAGAGCAUGCACUCGAGGAGGGAACAGACAAGACCUCAACGAUCUGACUGCAACUUCCUCACCCCAAACUCUUAUUUAUCCUAUCCCCACGUCCUCUGCGUGCUAGAGGCUCCACACUCACCACAAGGCCAUCACUACAUCAUCCACCUGCUGCGUUCUAAUUACUGGUUUAAGCUAUCAUAACUUUUAACUUUGGUUUAAUAUCCAAAUGCAAAGAAAGCAUCGCUAAGCAUUGGGAAGGAGCCUGUUCUGUCUGUACAUGGUUACCAAGGCACGUUUACGUGGCCCCUGCGCACGCCUUAGCCUGGUGUGGUCACAUUAGUGGUGACAAGAAGGUAAUUGUGCUGUCAGGAGGCAUGAUAGGAAUGGAAGAAUUAUUUUGCGAAACAUUGUGGAGCCAGGUGCUCACAAAAUGGAAUCUAGGUUUUUCGCACACUAAAGAGAAUUCCACUACAAAUCUUAGAAGGAUGAAAGACACAGGUACAAGGGAUUAGCUGUCUAUACAGUGCUCCAGUGUCCCUGUAUACAGGCAAGGGCAGGAGGGGAGGUCACUUGGGGAGGCACCCUAAUCCAUUAGACGUUCCUGCAUUUCCGGGAGAGCGUCUUGCUGGGAGGAAGACAUCUGAAGAUACAGAAAAGAAAGCAAUGACUAAAGUAUGGAGGAUGUGCUGAACCCAUCCAGGGCCGGGGGCAGUAGUCACCCUCUGGUUUCGUGAUCAGAACGAACAAUAUUUCCUCUAGGAGAAUGGCAGGAUAUACUCCGUAUGGACGUUUAAUAGAUUUCUCUCUAUUCGCCAUCUUUUAACUCCUUGCCUCCUCUGGCAUUGGAUAAGGAGCUGCCCCUGUGCCACACGCAGUGCGUGGCGGUUGAGAGCUAGGCAGUGCCUACCAAGAUCGUCUGUGACCUCCUCCAAAUUCUUUCCAGAAUAGCGCUAUUUAUUUCUAACAUAGAAACACGUCUCCUUUUCAGAUAGUAAACAGAAAUGUUAUUUUAGAUACAUUUUAUUAUGGAUAACUUUUGUUAUGACUAUGGCUGGUAACCAU